AAAAAGUCUAAUCACCACCCCCCAAUAAAUCUCCAUUUUUUCUACUUUUUCUUGAAAAAUGGUGGUGGGUCUACAGCACUCUCAUGCGCAGCACAGUAGGUGUGUGUGUGUAAAUUCUCAUUUAAUGACCCAUCACCCAAACUCCCCCCCCCCCUCUCUCUCUCUCUCUCUCUAACUUCCCCACCAUUUUCACACACAAACACACACCACAAAGUGGCGAAAAUCUUGACCCGCAAAAAAAAAUGCAGGCCCAUCAUUUACUCACCCUUUUCUUGAUUUGGGUCGUCUUAUUUCUCGAAAUCGGUGGUGGGUUCUCCGUUUUCGACCUCAACUCGGCGAGAUCGGCCGAUUUUGACGCAAUGGCGAAGAGGGUUUGCGGCGGGAAGAAGCUUGGGCAGUGCUCAACAAUGGCGGCGGCGGAGGAGGAGGAAACAAUGGUGGAUUCCGAGAGCAACAAGAGGGUUCUGCUGAUGCAGAAGAGUUACAUCAGCUACGAUACAUUGAGAAGAGAUUUGGUGCCGUGUGAUAGGCCAGGAGCUUCGUAUUACAACUGUAAAGGACCUGGUGUUGCUAAUUCUUACAGCAGAGGUUGUGAGAUUAUUACACGGUGUGCCAGAGGAGAUUGAUUAUUGAGUUUCAAGAAAAUCUCUGGUAAAGUUUUGAUUUUUAAUUUUUUUUUGUAUAUUUUGUGUGAUGCAUAAUUAUGUUUUUUUCUUUAUUAAUAUAAAUUGUAAUAUGAAAUUUGAUUCCUUUAACAGAAUUUUUGUUAUAAUAUAAAAUGUAAUCCUGAGUUUUUUUAAUUAAUUAAUUAAUUAAUUAAUUGUUCUGGAGA